AUGUCAAGGCGUACAGAAGGCCGAAAAAAACAAACUCUUCGAGAGGCUCGGUUCACGGAAAAGUUGGAGAAACAAAUGAAACAUGAGCAAGAAAAAAGGCGUCGUCAAAAACAUCAAGAAUUUCUGAAUGCUGUUCUUAGCCACGGAAAAGAUUUCCGAGAGUUUCAUCGUAAUGUUAACAGCAGAAUGGUGAAAAUAAACAAAGCCGUUCUAAAUUACAAAGCCAAUGCUGAGCGUGACAAAAGAAAAGAAGAAGAACGAAUUGAUCGUGAGCGUAUGCGACGUCUUAUGGCUGAAGAUGAGGAAGGUUAUCGCUGUCUUAUUGAUGCGAAAAAAGACCAGAGACUUCAUCACUUACUCACCCAAACAGAUGAAUUUAUUAGUAAUUUGACUAAACUUGUUCGUGAACAUAAACGAGAGCAAAGUAAGCAGCGUUUUAGGGAACGGUCAGAAAGAAGAAAAUUCGCACAGGAAUCAGCUCUGCAAAAUGCUGUUGUAUUCUAUCGAAAAUUGGCUGAUGAUGUCAUUAAAAACGGUGGACAACCCCCGGCCUAUUUUUCUACUCUUCCAUCUACUGAGAAAUUUCCUGAAGAACUUAAUCAAGUGAAUCGUGACUGGUUAUGUGGCAAAAUGUCGUCUUCUAACAUCCAGUUACCUGACGUGCGUAUACCUAUGUAUCAAACAACAACAAAAGAAAUUGUUGAAGGUGAUGCUGCUCCUUUAGCCUCAGAAGUUUGCACUUGGCUACAAGAACACCAGGGCUGGGAGAUUCUUCCAACUGAUACUGACGGGUCAGUAAUACAUGACUUAUUGGAACCAGACGAAGAGUUCAAGCGUAAACGUAAAUUUGAUGACGAUGAUGAUGAUGAUGACAAUAGUAUGGUACAUGUCGGGACGGAAGAUGAUGAAUAUAAUAAACGUGGUGAAUCUGGUGCAAAUGCACCUCAAUCCUAUUAUACUCUUGCUCAUGCUGUACGAGAAGAAGUUAAAGAACAAGCUAGUAUUCUUGUCCAUGGUCGAUUAAAAGAAUAUCAAUUGAGGGGCAAGCUUGGUCUUAUACAUUCUACGAAUCUCCCUGUCACUAUAUAG